UGUGCUGUGUGCCAAUAAAGCGAUGUCUCGAUGCAGGUGCUCGCGUGUUGGCAGGGCAGAGCUGGGCGCCCCGCCCCUCGGCGUGACCCCACCCCCCCGAGGGCGAGGCCCCGCCCACCAACCGUCCCGCCAUGGGGCGCCGCCCACUGCUCCGCGCCGCGACGCCGGAAGUUCCGCCCAUAGCCCCGCCCCAAACUGCGACGCGCGGUCCUUCACUUCCGGUCGCGGUGCCAUGGCAGCGCAGGGGCUCUCCAAAGCGCAGUACUUGCAGCGCUACCUCAGCGGCCCGCCCGCCGCGCAGCCCCGCCGCCGCCGCAAAAAGAAGCCUCCGAGCGGCUCCGGUAGAGCCGGGAUGCGGAUCGUGGAUGACGACGUGGGCUGGAGCAGCAUCGCCGCCGUGCCCGAGAAGGAAGAGGAGGAGGACGAAAGCGACAUGCCCGUGGUGGCAGAGUUCAUUGAUGAGCGUCCGGAUGAAGUGAAGCUCAUGGAGGAGUUCCGAACAAACACUAAAUGGAAACUUUUAGGAGAUCAGAAUGAAGAUUCACAAAGCUCAGACAUUUCAGUACCUGCCAAGCCUACCACAAGGCAACAGCGUCACGACUCCCCAGANCUCUCUCCUGAGAGAGUCAGUUCAGCAAUGGGAAAAAAAGGCUGUAAAAUGACAGAUAAGUCACUGCUGGGAGAGAUCCAAGGAGAGCAGCUUCGUUUCAGGCACAGCUCCUCUGACAAGUCCUUAUCACAUCAGAAGCGGCAGGCUACUCCAGAUCUGUCCCUUCAGCAGAAGAGGAGAUAUGAUUCUGACCCAGAUUCAUCACCGCCUCGGAGAAAGAGGACUGGGUCACCUAGUCAGAAAAUGCCAAGUAGAACGAAAGAUGCUUCCCCAGUAAAAAAGCUUCGCCGUGACUCUGAUUCUCCACCUCCACGCAAGGGUACCACUGAGGCAGACCUCUCUCCCCAGCGGAAGAAUCACAGGGCUCCACCUCCUGGAAAGGGUCAGCACAGUUCAAGGAGUCCCCCUGAUGUCUCCCACAAUCACUACCCUGACAGUAAGGGGUCUCCCAAGAAGGCCAACAUGAUGUCUGGGGUCAAAGCUGGCUUGGUGUCAGCUGAUGUGCUGCGGAGAGAGCAGCAGGAGCUCAGGAAGCAGGAGAGAAGUAGCAAGCACUUGGAAGAGGAAUCUCGACACACUGAAACCAUCUUCCGAGACAAGUCAGGCCGCAAGAGGGACCUCGCGCAGGAACGCCUCGAGCAGAAGCAGAAAGAUGAAGCAAAGUCGGAGAGAGAUGAACAAUAUGCCAAAUGGGGAAAGGGGUUAGCGCAGGGGAGGCAACAGCAGCAGAAUGUGGAAGAUGCAAUAAAAGAGAUGCAAAAGCCGUUGGCCCGUUACAUUGAUGAUCAAGAUCUGGAUCGAAUGCUGCGAGAACAAGAGAGAGAAGGAGACCCCAUGGCUGAGUUCAUCAAAAAAAGAAAGGCCAAAGAGAACAAGGAAAAGAAAGAAAAACCUAGGUACAGCGGACCAGCACCUCCACUCAACAGAUUUAAUAUAUGGCCUGGGCAUCGCUGGGAUGGUGUGGACAGGUCCAACGGGUUUGAGCAGCAGCUCUUUGCCAGGAUGGCCAACAAGAAGGCGGUUCAGGAGCUUGCAUACAAGUGGAGUAUUGAAGACAUGUAGACAGAAGAAAUAACCAUGCAGAACAACAGGCCUGAAUUGAGAUCUGCCUGCUACCACUGCCAGAGCCAUAGGUACUGGCUCCUCUGCCUGGACCAAGCACUGUCCUUGGCGUUCAGUAUCCCAGUGGAUCAUCUUCUAGGAGGCAAGGCUGCGUUUAGAGGAGAGCUGCUGAAAGAGGAUUUUCCUGCCAUCCAGAAAGGACCAGUGCCAAAAACUGCAGUGGCUGAAUGUGGUGGAGAGGUGCAGUGGCUGCUGCCCACAGGAAUACUUCUGCUCUCUGAUGUUCUGUCAUGAGGUGCUGCAAACACUGAUUUUUGACCCACUUGCCUCUCUUCUAACAAACUGUAGAAACUAUGUUGAAUUGUUUUAUGCCAAAUGCUUUGUCUUCUGAAGGCAGUUUACAAAUCUUCAGAUGUCCUAAAUCUCAGGUUUCUUUUCAUGGUGAAAGUAUGCUGGAAUCUAAGGCAUGGGGAGUUUAACCCAUCCAGUGUGUUGGUCUAUUGCAACACAUGGUUGUGGUUUCAGGUGUGGCUGAGUUCUUCCAGAGGGUGUUUUUUUUUUUUUGCUCUGAAACAACUCAAUACUGUGAGCUGAUUGCCUCUGGGCUCGUGUCAGAUCUGCCCCAUGUCCUUGCUAGUGAGCCCAGAGGGCUUCUGUUCAGUUUUGUGUAACUAUUAAGGCCUCUAGUUCUUGGGGUCUUUGGCUUGCAGCAAAGUUAGUGCAGCAAAGCUUCUCAUAGCCCUUACUGGAGCUGUGCCAGGUGGGUCAGUAUGUGGCAAGAAGCUGCUUGCUGUAUAUCUCUCUGGUUCUCUCCUAGAAAAGGCUGAAAGAACAACACGCAAUGUUGUAUUUGACAGCGAAAUCUUCAGAAGCUCCUGCAGCUCCUUGGGGGUCAAUUUCUUGUGGAAAUAAACAUGCAGAGGCCAUUUAAGCAGUUUCCCCUGACCAUUAUUUUCUUCAGAGCAGCUAAUGGUCAUGGAUUAGUCCCUGCAGAUUUCUCUCUGGCCAGCGUUGCUGAUGGCUCGGCACUUCCUUAGCGCUGCUGCCUGGGGGCUCGCUCCAGCGCCAAGCAUAACCUCUCUCUUGUGAUCAGAUUUGUCGGGCUUGCAGCUGGAGGCCAGGCAGAGUGCAGCACUCCAUCCCUGCUUGCAAGAAAGCACUUCUGGAAAUAAAUACAGUUGUUCUUGUUUACGUCCCAGAGAGCAUGUAUUAAAGGCAGGCAGCGGUUUCCAUGGAGAUGCCUUGUGUUCAGCUGUGAUCAGGGGGCAGUCAUCAGCAUUGCUCUUUGCAGCGAUUUUCGAGCAGUAGGAGGGCUGUGGGUGAGAAGUCUAAUGACAAAGUUUUCUCUGGAGUGUGACCGCCUUGGGACUUUCUUUCCUGUUUUUCGUUCACUGUUGUCUCUAGCAAUCCUGAAACCCGUGUGUACACUUGUAAAUAACAGCUUCUUUUUUUUAACUUGA